AUGAAGAAUAAUACAAUACCGUACGAGAACAAGGAAUUAUGUACACUAUUGCAAUUUCAUACAAAUGAUGAUUUUCAAAAAGAACAGCCAUUAGAAGCACGUUAUUUCAAGGACGACAAUUGUCAGUCCUAUAAAAAACGUGAUAAUAAAGUGCCACAUCAAGUAAGUAAUGAUAAACAUUUAUCCGUUACGAUUUUCAUAUAUCUACUUCUUUUUUUUUUUUUUUUGGUACCUACUACACAAUACAUACAAUUGAAUCAAACAUCAGCUUCAGUCUCGUCAUCAAUAUUACAAGGCGAUUCAGAACAACGACACUCUAUGACUGAAAGUAAUCCAAAACUCGUAAACCGAGUAGAAGAACCGAAUACAAACAAACCAGACUUCCGAUGGUCAACUGAUGAUAAAUUGACUGAUCAAAAUCGGAAUAACUCGGCCAAGCGACAUACAGAAAUGUUGACAAGAGUUUUUCAUUAUAUUGUUGCUCCACCGUUAAUCAAAGAAUCACAACGAAAACAGCACGAAGAAGAAGCAGAUAAUGAUCAGGAAUUUCAAGUUGAUUAUUACGAAGCUACUAUUCAACUUGGUCGUCGUCUAUUAGCUGAAAUUCUUGGAACAAUCUUAUUUAUCUUGGUCUUUGGUUCUUGUGCUAUCGAAGUCGGUGAAAAACGUCUCAAUCGUGAAGCAGCUGCAUUUGCAUGUGGAUUUAUGGCUCUGUUUCUUGCCUUUACAUUGGGACCAAUCAGUGGAACACAUCUUAAUCCAGUUGUUACACUAGCAUUUGCACUCAGAUUUGUUUUUCCAUGGGUGUGGAUCCCAUUUUAUUUUUUGGCUCAGUUUCUUGGUUCAAUAUUGGCUACUCUAUUUUUAAAGUUAUUAUAUCGUAAUGGCGAUGUUUCCUUCGUGCUGAACUCGCCUCAAAUUCCAAUUGUGGAUGCAUUUAUUUGGGAAUCAUUUUUAACCUGCUGUAUGAUGAUCGUUAUUCUACAAACAUCAACUAAAGGACAUAUUAUUGGACCACAAGCAGCCUUUGCUGUUGCAUCUAUUUUCAUCUUCAUUGGUUUAGUUGGAGGAAACAAAUCAUCCGUAUCAUUGAAUCCAUUUCGUUCGAUAGGACCAGCACUGAUUAUUGAAUCAGACAAGAAUAAAGACUUAUGGUUGUUUAUAGUGGCACCAAUAGUGGGUACGGCAGUGGCACUAUUAAUAUGUGGAUUAUUACAAGGAUUCAAAUCAAAAACACUGACAGAGCUGAAAUCAGCGCAAGGAACCGAAGCAAAGAUUACUACAAACAAAAACCACAAUCAUACGAUGCCUGUAUAG